GUUGUUUACGGAAUCAAACGGAAAUGCGAAAGCUCAGCGGAAUUUGUAACGUAAAGUUAUAGCCUUGAAAUUGACUUACUUUUGCUACUAAACUUACUUUGCUGUAAACAGAAACUAUAUGUGCUUUAAAUGUGGUAUUUUCCCCCCACAAUCACUUGUCGUAACGUAACGUUAGAGGUCUGAAUCAGUAACGUUAACUCUGUAUCACAACUAGUGCAGCAAGCUAGUUAGCUAACGUUGGCAUUACUCGAAUCUAUAGUUUGUUUGUCACUGGGUUUGGUGUGAUGGAAGUAACUAAAUGGUAACUGUGGACCACCCACACACGUUUACAACCUGUUCACCGUUACCCAGACAGAAAACCGAGUUUAGCGACACUGGCACAUCCAGUUUAGAGAGACCGACGUUAGCUGUGCUCGCCAGCUGCCACUCCUCUACAGUCUCUGAAGUGCCAGCCGGAAGGUGCCUGCUCUCCUGUUUACUGAAAAUAAAGGACUGUUAUCACACACCCUUGGCGAAAUGGCUGAAUCUAUAGUAAAGUUUCAGUCACAACUUUCUGGUGUCAUGGAGACGGUCUUUAAAGCUGCCAUGUAUGAGAUCACCCGGCUGGUGGAGGACAGUUUUUUGGAAGAGGUGACACGGUGCAGGGAGCAGGUCGAGUCUCUGAAGAGGCGACUGAAGUGGUCGGAGAGUCGCCGUAAAGAGAAAGAGGGAGACAGGAGGGGCAGAUGUACUGACUGCGGACGAGUCGGGCCGUCCGGUGAGGACAGCGCCACAGAUAAAAGUCUUAAACAGGAGAGUGUGCUGCAGGAGAUAAAUGGCUCUCACAGCACCGAUGGAGAGACACCUCGUCAUGACAUGGAAGAGGUAGGACCAGAGGCCCACAGUGCCAUAAAGGCAUCACAGUCUCAAGGUGUACAGGCUGAAAAACUGGAUAGACUGCUCAAGGAGGAAACCCUGCGGAUCACACCAAAAACUAAUGACUCCCAAGAGAGAUGGGGAGUCAGUUUGGAUGACACAGAGGCAUCAGGUCUGCCAGGGCCCAGUAAAGGUUGCAGUGACCAGAAGAUCCCAAAAUGCCAUGUGAACUGGGAAGCUGGCUAUGACCAGAGGCGAGAAUCAGGCCAAGAUGGACAUUCAGUUGACCCAUCUGAACCACUUUUCCAGGGCAGGUAUGGUAUGGAAGAUCUGGGAGGUUUUGGCAAGACUGGCUACGAAGACUCCAAUAUGAUAGAUAUGGGUAACUUGGAUGAGUUACAAGGAUCACCAUCCCACCUGGAUGAGGAUCUGAGUUACAUGGGGCACUAUGAGGGAGAUGUGGAAUCACCAGAAGGAGCCGAUCGUCAAGUUUACCAAUCGUCUGCCACACGGAAUAGAAGGAGCGUGGUCGGUUCACCUACUAACUCUCCCACAAGGACGAACAUUGAUGUCAGUGGAGAGCUCAGCUGUUUAUUGAUCAAUGAAGAAGGGUAUCUACAAGACCCGAGUAUCUUGUACUCUGAACAUGUGUCCAGUGAUUCAGGUGGUAGGUUGAACUUCAGGGGUCAGGGCAUUCGCAUUGACCCGUCUGUGGACAGCACAGGGGAUAUGUAUGGGCCUUCAGAUGCAUACAGUGAUACCGUAAACUUGGGAGAGAGGUUGCAGCAUCAGACAGGAGGGAGAGGAGGGAGGAGACACACCUGUAACCAGUGCUCCAUGUCCUUCCCUGAUUCGGCCUCACUAAAGGCCCACAAGCAGACACACAAAGGCAUAGGACAAGUGCCACCGUACUCCUGCACGCAGUGCGGAAAGACCUUCACUCAAGCGUGUAACCUCAAAGUCCACCAGAGGAUUCACUCGGGACAGGGGCUCCACCUGUGCAGCCACUGUGGUAAAGGCUUCCCUUCUUUCUCUGACCUAAAGACACACAAGUGUGGCCAAACAGGUGACAAACCUUAUUGCUGCACUGUAUGUGGGAACAAGUUCAGCCGUCUCUGGAAUCUGAAGUUGCACCGGAGAAUUCACACACAGGAAAAACCUCAUCAGUGUACCAUGUGUGAUAAGAGCUUCACACGAGCUGACAUAUUGAAAGUUCACCAGCGCACCCACACAGGGGAACGACCAUAUUGUUGCACUGUGUGUGGCCUCAGCUUCAAACGCCUGGAUCAUCUGAAAUCACAUCAACGCAAACACAUAUAAAGCUUGGGAAGUUUAAGGGGAGAGCGUCUGAGAAUUUAAGAUUGUUUAUUGUAUGAAAAGAUUUAAACAUGAAUGUUGUUACUCAUAAGCCAUGGAUGUUUUUUUCUUCUCUUCAAUACCUUUGAUUUUAUUAAAACACUAUAUAGGACAAAGAUAGAA